GAAAUGACUACGGAAGAUGAGAAAGCGCGGUUCGAAGAGGACGAGUACUGGGCAAAUCCCGACCCCGUCAAAGAGAACGGUGUCGGUUGCAGGUGCAGGUGUGACACAGAUAUCGUGGAUGUUGAGGGUAAACAAGGCAGCUGUCUUGCCGAGUGGGUAGAAGUUGCGGGAGGUUGGGCUUCUCCCUAGAUUCGGGCAACUUCAUGCUUUGUCCGCUGUAUAGUCACCGCCUCCUCGUUUCCAUGCCUUUUUUGUUCAACUAUGAGCAUUACUCGGGUUGCCGUUGGAGUUAUUGUUGCUUGAUCCGUCAUCUUAUGUUGGCUGUGGGGUUCUGGGCGGCGUUCAACGGAUCUGACAGCUUCUUUCAUGGAAAAUGGUGUGAUCAUUCUCAUCAAUAUUCACAAAUUCAUCUAGCGUGCUUUGUAUGUUUUCACUUGGAUUGCCGCGUUCUUGUUAAAACAGGGAGACUUUCUUCUGGAAGAAGACGGUUACUGUCCAGCCGUCAGCUUCAAGUUAGUCACCGAGAACCUCUACCGGAAUCUAUGUCCGGUCUCUCCACAGGCAGGACCGUUCUCUCUACGUCGCUCUUGGCUACGUUGAGAAUUUCACGCCUCUGUUUCUCGCGGCCUCUGACCAAGGCUCGAUGCGCGCUAGCCUGGUUUCGAUUAUGCCUCCUGCUCCGCAAUUCUCUUUGGCAUAUUACUGUAUGUUCCGUUCACCUCAGGAACGUGGCUGUCAUUGGGUACAAUACUAAGUUUCGGUGGGCCGAUGAAGAUGGAACUACUUGCGGCGUUAACCCUUCUUGGUCCGCUUAUCCUUGCAGAGACCACUAAUCUAUGCCCGAUGUCCUGAUGCACUGCCUUGCCCUGUUCUAUAUCUCACCUUUAUUCCUACCCUUUCUCGCCGUUAUGUCAUGAAUUGUACAUAUCUUCUUUUUUUCUCUUCCUUUCCUUGUUCUGAAAUCCUGGUGAAACUAGGUCAUUUUAGAUGCAUAGCCGCAAAGAACGCAAAGAAACGACUCCCA